UCCAAACUUAACAACAAAUACCAAAGAUCUAAUCGACCAAUCGGCAACCACUGAGGCAAUCGGGCGCCACUCAACUCAUAGCUUAACUGCAGCUUACGUUACUACGCGGUUCAGACAGAAAAAGCAAACGUGAUGCGCAGGCGCACGAAGAGAAAGAGAGAUAAUGCGAUUUCGGCGAUCUCAACUCUCAACGAAAAAGCCUCGGUGGUGGGGUCGACAACACACACGACAUACGCGGAGUGAAGGACGAGGCGAAAUAUCUCGUGCUUGGUGCCGUUGGUCGAUGGUUACCGUCGACGCCGCUGAUUGCCGUGUUCUGCUUGUGCGAUUUCGGGAGAGGGUGUCAGUAUUUUAAGAUAAUACGUACUACGAAGUGUGUGUGCGUGCGCGCGGAGUCGCGGCCGCGUGACGUUCAUGUUGUACACGAGGUUGGUGCGGAGGAUCUCGCGGCUGUCGCCCGCGCGAUAAGGAGGAGCUCUUGAAUAAAUGAUCGGCGACAGGACGGACGAGUGUCGUAGCACGUCGGAGACGGGAGGACACGAUCGGCAAGACUGCACGUUACAAAGGAGAGAGCGGGCCGAUGUUGUAACGUACGGGCCAAGAUGGAAGAGCGUAGCGUCCACAGCAGUAUCGGCGAUAUAAAUAGUGCGGAGUCAACCAAAGCACAACGCAAGAAAAGGAUAUGUUUAGUUGGUACAACCUGCAAUGAUGCUAUGCUUAAUGCUGCUGCUCAACAAUUCAAUGUGCCUGUACUUAUGUCUGAAACUGGCAUGGAAUAUGUUGAAGAUACUACCUAUAAUACUUACUUUGUACUCAAGCAAUUUGAAGGGCCAGAAUAUGAUGUUUUAUGCAAGAGUGCUCACAGAGUGCUGGGGCCUACAGCAUUGUUGCAACUGGUGGCAGCAGAGAAGAAAGAAUUGCCUAAUAUUAAAAGACCAAUGUACACACAAGCUAUGGUAGGCAAGAUAGUGCUAUUUAGUGGUUUCCGAACUAGAGAGGAUGAAUUGCGCAAAUUAGCUAAUAUGGUUCUUAAUAUGGGAGGUAGCAUUCGAAAAGAGGUGGGUAUGAAAGUGACGCAUCUUAUUGCAAAUCAUUGCAGUGGAGAGAAGUAUAGAUACGCUGAUACAUACGGAUUGCCUAUCAUGUCAACAGAGUGGGUAAUAGCAUUAUGGAAUGCCAAAGAUGAUAUCUCCUCUACCGCAUCCAAUGAGGAAUUGAUAACAACUUAUAAACUGAAACCAUUCUAUGGAGCAAAAGUGUGUUUCUUUGGAUUUCCUGAAGAAGAAAAGAAACACAUGUGCGAGGUUUUGGAGCAACAAGGUGGUGAAGCUACUGAGAUUGACGAUCCAAAUUGUACUCAUGUUGUGGUAGAUGUACCCGGUCUUUUCUACGAGAGAACCAACAAUGUGAACUUUUAUCUUAAAAAUACAUCCAAUCGUAGCCCACUUUCCUUGAUAAACUAUAAACCAGAAUCCUCUUUUUUAAGCAAUCCUUAUUCAAACGCGACUUAUAAUACAAUGAAAGAUGAUAGUAAUGUAUCGGGAUAUUUUUCGUUAAAAAAUAAUUCAUUAGAUUCAUAUAAUAUAGAGCGUAAUAAUCAGUGGAAUGAUCUUAUGUCUAGUAUUAGUCAAGAUUCCGUUAUUAAUGUGAAUGAUAAUUGUUCCGAUUUGCAAAAUUCAGUUAUUAAAUCUGGAAGUUUAUUUGAUUCUUACACAGAACAAACUGAUUCUGGUAUCGAUAUCUCUAGAUUAUCUAAUCUGUCGUCUGUAUUUUCUAUGCCAAAUAAAAAUUCAAUUCUAACAAUGACGAACAACAAAAACGUUAAAUUCCAUGUUUCUGAAAGCUCUUUAUUCGAUAAUAAAAAUUCUAUUAGUGAAAUUACAGCAAAUCUUAAUAAAACAGACGAUUUAAAUUCAUCAUUGUAUGAAAAAAAUAAUGCUUAUAUAUCACCAACAAAUAAUAAUGCAUUAUCUUUAAGAUAUCGUAAAAAUAUUCAUUAUAUACAGAAUAAUACUUCAAAAACUAAAAUAAUUUCCAAAAGAUACGUAAAAUGGAGAAAAACUAGUUCUUGUACAUUUGUUCAUAAGCUGGCAACGCUCGAAAAAAAAUAUAAAUUUAUGAAGACGCGCUCGUAUCCGAAUAUAUCGAAGCAUAACGAAGAACAAUAUAACGAUACGUUUUUGCAGAAUGCUCUAAGUGGAAAGAAUAAGCAAUUAUCUCAAUCACAUACAUCUAUUUUUUCAAAAAUCAGCCAUUUUUCUUUUUGUCCAACAUUUUAUAAUAACGAGCAAGAUAUUUCCAUCGAUUCAUGCUAUUCUCCUCCUGAGAAAAUCCUUUCGAAAAAAAAAUAUUCAUCCUUGUCAAAGUUCUUUCCGACACCUACAAAGACUUUAAACACUAAACAUAAUUUAAGAAAUACAUCUAUAUUUGAUGGAAAAGAUAACAAUGUACUAUCUACAUCAAACACAAAAAUCGAAUGCACAGAUUUGAAGAAGGAUAAACCACAGGACAAAUCAUUUGUGGUUGUAGAUGAGUCCAAUGUAAAUGUACUACCAAAUCUAGUUUCAGUAUCUGCUUUCAUAGUCAAAACUGGAUGGUUUUGGACGUCUGUACAGAAUGAGGCAGCUGCUGAUGAAAAAGAAUAUCUAUUUGAACAUUAUCUAGAAACGGUUCUGUCCCCUACUGCGACGAGUAGACGAGACAGUCAACAAAUUAUAUCGCAAAAUGUAGCAUUGGCAAAACAUCCCUGUUGGUUAGGCGGUCCAUUAUCUAAUUUGUUACAAAAUGGAGCGGAUUCACCAGCCAGCGUCAGUGGAAGCUUUCUGGAUUGCACAGCAAGUCCUGACAAACAAUUUUUAGAUGGUAUCUCCGAGGUAGAAGCUAUUGAUACAGAAAAUUUACCGAAAAUUAAAGAAAACUUGUCACAACGUCAUAAAGUAUUUCUUGAAUUAGUAGAAACUGAGGCCAAUUAUGUAGGUAUUCUCAACACAAUUAUGAUGCUAUUCAAAUUGCCAUUAGAAAAUCUUAUAGGCAGUGGGAGGGAAUUAUUAAAUAGCACUGAAGUUAAAAUCAUAUUUGGUAAUUUCCCUCCUAUCUACGACGUUCACAAGCAAUUAUUGGAGGCACUGCGUUGUAGUGCCGCUCAUUGGACAGAAGAUAUUAGUAUUGGCAAAAUAUUUUUGAAGUUUGAACCAGAUUUGGUUAAAGCAUAUCCUCCAUAUGUUAAUUUUUUCGAAAAUACAAAACAAAUGUUGGAAGAAUGUGAUCAAAAUAAGCCACGAUUUCAUGCCUUUUUAAAAAAUUGCCAGACAAUACCGGAAUGCGGUAGACAAAGUUUAAAAGAACUGUUAAUUAAACCAAUACAAAGGUUACCUAGUAUUAGUUUAUUGUUAAGCGAUAUUCUUAAGCAUACUGACAAAAGUAAUCCGGACUACAGCGCGUUGGAAGCUUCGAUUAGUUGUGUUAAAAAAGUAAUGACGUACAUAAACGAGGAUAAACGGAAAACAGAACGCCAAUUAGCAAUAUUUGAUAUCUUUAAUGAGAUUGACAAUUGUCCACCGCACUUAGUUUCCUCGCAUAGAUCGUUUAUCAGUAAAUGUGAUGUGAUGGAAUUUACGGAGGGGGGUCUUAGCGGACGAGGUGAUCAUUUAGUAUUGUUCCUGUUUACCGAUACUCUCGAAAUAUGCAAGAAAAGAUCGAAAGCCUUUAAUUCAUUAAAGAGCCCUAAUACUAUAAAUGGUUUACAAUCGAUUAAAUUAAGUCAAGGAAAGCCAUACAAGCAUAUCAAAAUGUUAUCAUUAAGUACUAUAAGAAAAGUAGUGGAUAUACGAGAAACGGAUGGAUGUCAUAAACUAUUUGCACUCGUAGUACGAGGUACUCAGGAACUGAAAGAAAAAUUCUUUUCGUUUAUUAUUACUGAUGAAGAAGUAAACAAAACGAAUUAUUUGCAAACUUUGUGUAGGCAGAUGGCUCUUACUAUCCGUGUAGCUGAUGCUGAUACAUUACUCAUUAGAUAUGAUUCGCAUCAGCUUGAAGUUGGUACUAGUGACGUGGCAUCAGGAACAUUGAAAAAAACGAUUAAGAGUCUAUUUCAUAAUUUUUACCUGGAGUAUAUGGACCCGUAUGUCUUCCUACUCAAUAGCAUGUGUGAAACCACGUUACAUGUCCCACUACCGUUUGCAUCUCGUACAAGAGCGAGAGUUGGCCGAGCGUUUAGUUUUAAUAAAACGCCAAGCAAACUAAAUAGAGCAAUGUCUACAAUUAUGUCGCCAUUUGGAGCAACACAAAAUCUUCCCUCGACAAAUCAGCAAAUAGUUCAGAUGCGGCUAGGUAGUUGCAACAACAUCAGCGAACUAGAUAAUGGCGGUUCAAGUUCUCCAAAUAGAGAGGACGUCCUAGUAGCGCCGAUGUCGGAUCAACCGACUCGAAAGGCUCUCAGUAUGGCUUCUCUGCGAAGGUUAUAAUUAGUAUGCAAGAAGUCAUACUUCCUUUUGCUACAGUCGUUUAGUAUUCUGAACAAAGAGACGUGCAUUUUUAAUAAACCACUGUGGUACGUUAAACUAAUAUAUAUCAUCUAUAUCGAUAAGACAUUAAAUAUAACAAAAAAGGCCCGAAGACAUACUAUAAACAUUUUUACUCAUCAUAGUUCUGUUUAUAAUGAUUAUAAUUAUUUCAUUUCUGUCCAGCAUUAUAUUUCUGGAAUAGAAAUUCAGUACAACUUUCUGAAUACCGUCUUAUCCUCGGAUACAUCAUUAUAAAAAUGAUAUUGUUAUUAGUGCCAAUAAUGUCUAGUUAUUGUUAUAUUACUAUUAUUAACAUCUUUUAUUUAUUUUAUGUAUUAUCUCUUGUAAUUAUUGUAUAUGCCUUCCUGUAUAAUUUUCACACUUGCCGAUAAGACGUGAUAAGAAAUCAAUUUUUUUAUAUAAAUACAGUUUGCUCUUUAUCGAGUCAAGUCAAUUAUUCUAGGAGAUAUAAAAUCAAAUUACAAUGAUUCAAAGAUACUUUUUUACGGACUUUCUAAUAAUUAUUUUAAUGGUAAAUAUAGCCAGACUUAUAUCAAUAGACACUGCAGGCAUGUGCAAAAAUUUUUCUUAAUAAAUGUACCAAUAAUUUAUAAAAGAAAUAGUAUUUAAUGUUAUAUGUGUUUAAUGUCGUUAAUUAAUAUAUCCCAGUUUCAUAAUCUUGAUACUAGACAAAGUAUUUAUUUAAAAAUGGAUUAGGCAAGUAUGCUAUCAUCUAAUCACAGCAUGAGAUAAAUAUCCUCAAUCCUAACUAAUAAGAAUAAUAAUUUUAUGUUUUCGACAUUACAGUUUUUUGCAAUUUUUAAUAUUUUACUCACUGUUUUUUCCAUUUCUGUUUUUUCAUUUAUUAGAAUUUGUUCAGCGGGAGUCAUACAGAGGAAGUCUGAUCUUUGAGCUAUAAAAAAUUUACAUGCGCCUUUAUUUCGCUUUAAUUGUUUAUCAACGAGGAUACCUGAUGCUGUAGAUUUUUAUACAUAUCGUGUACAAAUGUUAUUCAUAUUUUAAACCAAAUUAAGUUUUGGAACAAAGUCUGGUACAUGUGUGAAACAUUCAAGUUCAAAAAUGAAAGCAUUAUAAAUAUUAAUUGUUAAAUUUAUACUUGCUAUGUGCCAAUAUAUAGCCAUGUAUACGUAGUAACAAAAAUAUUGCCAGCUCUUAAUAGAUUUGUUUAUAUAAUAUAUCGUAUUUCAAUGACUUGCGAUUUAAUCGGAUUUAUUACAAGAAAAUGCAACAAUGCAAUUUAUUAAUGAUUUUAUAUGACACAAUUUAUUAAAAAUAAUAACAAAAAAUGUAAAAAUCUCCAAGUUUGCAAGAUAUAGGAUUGAAACAAAAAACAGAUUCUUAAAAUCUGUAUUAUCUUAUAAAUCUUUAUACAAUUUUGUAUCUUUGUACUUUUUUCAUAAUACUGCCUAAUUGACGAUCCCAAGAAAAAGUGAAAACUUGCCAAUAUUAAAAAUUAUUAUUAAAAGUAAGGACUUAAACAACGAAAAA